GCCCGGCGAGGCUGGCCUCUCUCCGCCCACGGGGCGUUGCAGGGAAAGGCGACGACGGGCCGCGGCUCGGGGAGGGAUGCGCGUCUGGGCCUCCUCCUCCCCCCGGCCCCAGCGGCGACCAUGAAGCGAGGCGGCCGACGACGCCCCACAGCCCCGCUGCGGGUCGAGACAAUGGCGAGUCCCGGCGGCGCCGGGAUUAUCAAUUUUUGCCCCCAGUGUGGAAAGAAAGUAGAAGCAACCUUUGUCUUUUGCCCUUCCUGUGGGAGCCGGCUGCCUGCACAGGAAGAAGAAGAGGCAAUGCAGAUCACUCCUGCUCCUUCAGUGCAAGAACUGAAUCAGAAAGACUUGGAUAAGCUUACUGUAGCAGUGAAGUAUCCUGCAAAGAAGAAAGUGGAAAUAUAUUUACCAGACAAAGGAAAAGCUUCCACUUCAGUUAAGGAAGGCUCUGGACAGAACUCAGUGGCUUCCAGGUCCCCAAAGGAGGCAACGAAAGCAAAAUCCAGUUCUCGCUCUCCCAAGAAGAACAAGAUUGCCUCUGUGACUCCUUUCCCAGAGGGGGAGAUCCUGACGGACCAGAGUGACAAGCAGUGGAAGCUUGUGAAACUUCUGAGCCAGUCUGACUUUGGGCUGAUGUAUGAAGCGGAGUCGGCAUCUGGAGCCUGCCAUCAGAAGCAGAGGUUCUCCCUCAAACUUGAUACUAAAGAUGGACGGGUCUUCAACGAGCAGAACUUUCUGCAGCGGGCAGCAAAGAAAGUCACGGUAGAAAAGUGGAAGAAACAGCACUCGGUACCAUUGCUGGGAAUCCCCAAUUGCGUUGGCUUUGGCCUCCAUGGUAGUAACUACAGGUUCCUGGUCUUCUCUAAUUUGGGUCGGUCCCUCCAGUCAGUCCUGGACGAUGGUGCCAGCAGGUUGACGGAGAAAGCCGCCUACCAGAUUGCCAUCAGGCUGCUGGAUGUGCUGGAGUUCCUUCACGAGAACGAGUACUGCCACGGGGAUAUCACUGCAGAGAACAUAUACGUGAAUCCAAUGGAUCUAUCUGAGCUCACCCUGGCGGGCUAUGGCUUUGCUUUCCGAUACUGCCCAGGGGGGAAGCAUGUGCCUCAGCGGGAGGGCAGCAGGACUCCUCACGAGGGCACUCUUGAGUUCAUCAGCCUGGAUAGCCACAAAGGAGCUGCCCCAUCCCGUCGGAGUGAUCUGGAGUCCCUGGGUUACUGCCUUGUGAAGUGGCUGCGUGGCUUUCUUCCCUGGUCGGAGGAACUGACAAAUCCCUGUGAGGUCAUGGAGAAGAAAGAGAGGUAUAAAGCUGAUAUUAUCAAGAAUCGAAAACCGUUCUGUGGCGGGAGAGCAAUUCCAGACGCUGUGCUGCACUACCUGCUGCAAGUGGUGGCCUUGGACUACGAGGAGAGGCCAGACUAUGAAGAGCUCCGGAUGUUUCUGAGGAAGCCGCUUGAGGCGAUGCGAGCUUCCGCCUAUGACUCGGUGGACCUCCAAGUGGUACCCUAGGUCUGAGGAGCUUGAGAAGAUGUGACGUGCAGGGUCAGGCCCCACUGGGGCUCUUCACACCGGAGCAGCGAGGAAUGCAGUUUCCCACUGUGCUUCCUUUCUCUUCUCGGCUUUUAGAUUGCGGAGGGAAUCGGAGGGAGCAGUGGAAUUUCCUGGUAUUUAUUGCUUAGGACCUUAUUGCGCGUAUGCGUGUGUGUUUUUAAAUGUAGGCGCUCUUUUUU